AUGAUAGAGGAUACAAUGACUUUGCUGUCUCUGCUGGGUCGCAUCAUGCGCUACUUCUUGCUGAGACCGGAGACGCUUUUCCUGCUGUGCAUCAGCUUGGCGCUUUGGAGUUACUUCUUCCACACCGACGAGGUGAAGACCAUCGUCAAGUCCAGCCGGGACGCGGUGAAGAUGGUGAAGGGCAAGGUAGCCGAAAUCAUGCAGAACGAUCGACUCGGGGGGCUUGAUGUGCUGGAGGCCGAGUUUUCCAAGACCUGGGAGUUCAAGAGCCACAACGUGGCCGUGUACUCCAUCCAGGGCCGGAGGGACCACAUGGAGGACCGCUUCGAAGUUCUCACGGAUCUGGCCAACAAGACACACCCGUCCAUCUUCGGGAUCUUCGACGGGCACGGGGGAGAGACUGCAGCUGAAUAUGUAAAAUCUCGACUCCCAGAGGCCCUAAAACAGCAUCUUCAGGACUAUGAGAAGGACAAAGAAAACAGUGUGCUGUCUUACCAGACCAUCCUCGAGCAGCAGAUCCUGUCAAUUGAUCGAGAAAUGCUAGAAAAAUUAACUGUGUCUUAUGACGAAGCAGGCACGACGUGUUUGAUCGCUCUACUGUCAGAUAAAGACCUCACUGUGGCCAACGUGGGUGACUCAAGAGGGGUCCUAUGUGACAAAGACGGGAAUGCCAUUCCUUUGUCUCAUGACCACAAGCCUUACCAACUAAAGGAGCGAAAGAGGAUAAAAAGAGCUGGUGGUUUCAUCAGUUUCAACGGCUCCUGGAGGGUCCAGGGAAUCCUGGCUAUGUCUCGAUCGCUGGGGGAUUAUCCACUGAAAAACCUCAAUGUUGUCAUUCCUGACCCAGAUAUCCUGACCUUUGACCUGGACAAGCUCCAGCCUGAAUUCAUGAUCUUGGCAUCCGAUGGCCUCUGGGAUGCUUUCAGCAAUGAGGAAGCUGUUCGAUUCAUCAAGGAGCGUUUGGAUGAACCUCACUUUGGGGCCAAGAGCAUAGUUCUACAGUCAUUUUACAGAGGCUGCCCUGACAACAUAACAGUAAUGGUGGUGAAGUUUAGGAAUAGCAGCAAAACAGAAGAGCAGUGAAUCCUUCUGGGUCUCAGCUGCCCUAGACUAAAGGACUUUCAACACACUGGUCUCUUUUAAUAUAGUGAAAGGGGUGGGAGUUGUAAUUAGGAUCAUCCAUCCCAGACACAGAAUUCCCCCCUCCCUGGUGGUCUUAGGUCUACACUCAGUGGUGAACAGAGGAUGCUCUUGGCCAACACAGUUGACAGGCUGGAAAAUGGUUUCUUCGUGUUUUCCCAACUCGCUCAUCCAAUGUCCAAAGUGCAUAAAUAGCUGUAGAUCCAUGUGUAGGAAGUGAAUGGCACACAUACCUCGUAAUCUCCCUUUUAAGAUUUUUUUUUUGCAGUUUUUGUCUGGGGCUAGGUUUGAACCCGCCACCUCCAGCAAAUGGGGCUGGCGCCCUACUCCUUUGAGGCACAGGCACCACCCCCUUUUAAUAUUCUUUUCAAAAUCCUGCCUAAGGUUCCCCAGGCAUCAGCCAUUGUGUCCUCCCAGCACUGCAAGAGACAGGCUGCCAUGUCAGCUGUGAGUGGUGACAUGCCCUCCACGGAGAGGCAGGGCUGUCCUGAGGUGGUGUGUGCAGCAGAAGCAGGUUUGGUGGCUGCUCAGGGACACUGAGGAAGCAGGGGUGGGGUGAGAGGUCAGGGCAGCCGCCUACACGCAGAAAUAACCCCUUUCCUCACCCCCUUUAUUAGUUAAAUAGACUUUGUAUACCCCUUCGGCCCCUUUAUGCGUCUGUCCCAAUCACGCAUGACCUUAACCUCUUGCUUAGCCCUCACCAUAUGCCUCAGGCAGCUGUGAACGGCGCCAGCAGACACCGUGAUUUUUCUUCUGAUGUUACCAAGAAACCAUGUUGGGGGAAGUGAAAAAGCAAGUCACAGUUCCAUAACUCCUUCCAUCGGUAAGGGUAGAUAGAGGGACAGCAAGGGAGUCACGGUGCGCCUUGAGGACCAGGCUGUGUGCAUGGGGAGAAAGGAGUGAGGCGGUGGCGUCGCCUCCAUCCUGGCAGCUUUCGAGCAUGUUCUGGGAUGCACAGCCUUGAACUGCUGCAUGUGUACUUCUCGGAGUGUGCAGCAUUCCCAACUAUUUGGAAUUUGGUGGGAAAUUACUGGAAUGCCUUGACAAUGAAAAGGUAGCAGCCUUUAACAUUCGGUAGCAAAUAUCCGUCCAUGCCAGGUCCCUUUCCCUAGGCAAACACCGCUCCAGGGCGGCCUGCAUUGGAGGCUGCCAAGGCACACGGUGCAGGCAGGAAUUCAAGUGUUUACCCAUUGAUAAGUAGCCCAGAGUUAUUUUGGGACCUGGCUUGCUGUUCUCUGCUUCCUACCACCAAAGCCUCAUUUUUCUCAACCUCAGUAUUAUAGAAGUUAAUUUGGAGAAAAUGCUCAGUCGUUUGUGCCGAACCAAGGCAGCUCCAAUUCGCUAAACAAGAUUUUCGUUGCAUCCCCAGCCCUGUCUGUCCCAGGGUUUUGUUCUUCCUGAGCGGGCGUUUGUUGUUACAGCUUCUUGCAGGCCCCGUUGGCUGGACGCCUCCUACCUGGUGUGCCCCACCUCUGCCCACCCUCAGCUCUAGAGCUUCCCACAGCCCUUUCCAGGAGAGCUCUGAGAGUGAAAGGAUUGCCUGGAGGCUGCCAGGGACUACCCUCUGCCCCCAUUCCUCCAACCACUUACCUUCCUCUGACUGCACUGAGAAUUACUAAUGAUUUCCCAAGAAAUUUGCUUACUUUCAUAUACUAUAUGUUUCAACAUUAGAAUUAGAAUCUUGGUUAUUGGUUUUUAGCCAUAGAAUGUUCUAGUACAAAAUACCUGCCAGCUUUUUAGAUUUAAGCAUUUGUGAGACACUGGACAUUUGGACGUGUGUAUUUGGGGUUGGGGCGGGGAGGAGAGUGUGGAAAACAAAUACUGCUUGUUGAUCGGUGCUGAGACAGCUCAGGCGGCUCGGUUGGCUUAGAGAUUUAGGAUGUUCUGCCUCUGGAAAGUCACCAAGCCCACCACCUAACUCAAGUCAAGAAUCAGCAGUGUCAGCAUUUUACAGUCUAGAGUUAACUUUCUGUUUUUAUUUUUAACAACAUAAAAAUAUAAUAAUGAGGGAAAGGCAUUUUUAAAUUCCACAAUCAUUUUUUAUUGUGUAGAAUGAAAAUAGUCAUGUUUUGGUGAGUGUGAAAAAGAAAAGCUACUAAAUUAGUAGAUUAGUGUUUAUGUACCCUGCAAAAUUGCUUCAUAGAAGAUGCUGAGUGCAUGAGUUACCUAAGUUUCCCUCUAACUGAGGUUCACAAAGCAGCUCCUAAAUUUUGCUUUGAGGAAUUAAUUCAUUUCUGACUUUAACCAAAUAGAUUGUAUAUCUCCUACUCCCUUUCUGCCCCUUCUCCCCCCACUAUAGCUUGUAGGUUUUUAACAGAUAGAAGUUCUAGGCAAAAUAGUGUAGUUGGAUUAGAAGUUACACUAGUUACAUCUAAAUCAGAAUAUUUUGUCCCCUUCUCCCAUGCUCCCCUUCUCUAGAGCCCUGGGAAGGUUGGCUCUACCCAUUAGGGAAAUUAAUUUGAGAAGUUUGCAUGUGAAGCUUCCCCAAACCGCACUGCCAAAGCUUUGGAAUCGUCACUCAAGACUGCCCAGACUCCCUAGCUAGCCUGAGUUCAAAUUGCCAAUAGUCCCCGUGGUGCCAAAUUUUGGGAUGGUUUUACAGCCUUUUAGAAAAAGGAGCUGCGAGCAGCCAUGUACUUAGGAGCCCCCAGCGAGAUGCCAGGCCCUGGUCCUCAGAAGCGCACCGCUCUGCUGCUCCACUGGCAAUUUGGACUCUUACAUGGGGUGGGGCUGAGGGGCAAAACAGCCAGCAAAAAGUUUUUAAAAAUUCAUUGUAUAUUUGCAAUUCUUUAAUCAUGGUAGUAAACAAGACUUACAUAAAAAGCUCCAAAGCUAGUUCCUAAGACCUGCAUUUAUUUUAUGUGACCAAUUUGCCCAGGACAGUGGAUCCUGAAUUGCUGUUCUAAUGUAGCAUAACACAUGCCUGUCUCCAUGUCCCCGGUAACCAGUGGCUACUUUCUGUUCCUUGCUGUGCAUUGAAAUAUUGGCCUCUCGAAUUCUAUGUUGUGAGUAUUUCACAGAGAGCAUCACAGGGAAGGAGCAUAUGAGAGCUGGAUAAUUUAAAAUAGGACUUAUUUCAUACAAGCGUAAUCAUUUCAGUAGUUUGCAGGAGAAUGAAGCAUCACCAUUGCAGUCCGAUUUGAAAUGAUUCUAGGAAAUUGAUUAUAUUAUCAAAUUGGAUCAGUGGGGUUUUUGGAAAUACACAAGUGAUUCACAGGCAGAGUGAAAACUUUCUCCUUUGCCAGAUAUACCUUGAUUUUUCUGAUUUUUUUUACUUGAGUGAUUGCCACAUCUCUCUUGCAACUGGGUUAAUGAAAGGUCUUUGUUUAGAAGAUGCAACUUUUCAUUGUACAUUUCAAAGUACAGGAAUACAUUGUUUGUAUAAAGCUUUCUUUUCAUCAUGAUUUCAGCAAUUCUUCUUUCCUCCCUUCCGUCCAUCAUUAGACUGAUCUUCCCUUAAUAUACCCUCAAAAUUGCCUUAGCACAUUACACCAGCAUUCCCGAUCCAGCUCUGGAGCAAUGAUGUGACUAUUAGAUAUCUUGCCUGUUAAUUGCCUCUGGAUUAAAUCAUUGAUAUCUAGACUUUUAAGCCAGUUAGCUGCACACUGCAGAAGUCAGAGAAUCCAGUGUUCUCCAAAGUGUGUUCCAAAGAACUCUUCCAGAUAGGGUUCCAGGGUCAAAUGCAUUUGAGAAACACAUACUAUUUUAGGAAGUUAAUGCAUCUGAGCACAUCAAAGGCUCUGAUUUAAGUGUCCAACAAGAGACACUAGGUAUUUUCAGUUAGCACAGUGUUUUCCAGAUUAAUUUGACCACAGCAGCUUUUUCAAGUAACAUUCCAAGGAACUUGUGUUUUACAUAACGCACUUGGGGAAAUUCUGGUUUGUUGAAAUAGUUUUUUCAUUCACCGUGACUCUUAGUAGUAGCAGUAUAAUUUGCAGUUUAGAGUCACCAAUCCUUUCUCACUAGAGGCUGACUUGUUGAUAAAGCAGUGUUAAGAAAUAGUAGGAUUUCAUAUGACCACAUAGCCUCACAUGAUAGAUAGCAUAAGGCUGGCAAUCCUCCUUGAAGCUCAAACCUCGUCUCCCUCUGUCAUGUGACUAAUAGGAGCCUUGCAAGAGACAGGCACUUCUCAGACCUAUGACAGGAGCUUCCACUGCUGGUCUGCAGUUCACUUUGCUUUCCAGAUUGAAUCAAAAUAAAUAUUUUUUACAUUUCGUCCCUAUGUAAUGGUAAAAACUAUGUAGAAAAUAAUAGAAGGAGAAGAGCAAAUUGGAUUUAAUUCAUUUUUGAAAUUUUAACUACAUCUCAAAACUUAAUUAUCCAUUAUAUAAUAAUGGAAAUGUAAACCAUUGAAACUUAUUCACUUUCUUCUAUUGCUGUCUCCAGAUUCAGUGAAAUCAUGUGUUUUAAAACCCUUGCCUCAUGUCAUCCCACCUCUCCUUGUUACGUACAUAGUUAAGUCUGCCAAGUUAUCUCUUGCCUAAAAUGUAAGGCUUGACUACAGUUCUAUAGCUGCACUCUCAGCUGGGGCGUCAUGUCUGGGAAGCGAUGAGAGAUACCCCCAAAUAGUGUCUGAAACAACUCUACUCAAAAACAUGGCUCAGUGUAAAUUUAGGGUAAUCAUCAACUUAAAAUUACAUCCAACAUUUAAGAAUAACCCACCCACCCCCUGGACAUCAUCCAAAAUAGUAAAAAACUAAAAGUAAGAUUCCUUCACCUAGAUGGCAGAUUGCAAAGGGCAAGGGGCAGUUACUAUGAGGUUCCCGUUGGGUAUGUGUUUCCAAACAUGUUUUCUAAUAUGUAAGUUCUUUGCUGAUAUUUUAGUAAUGUUAAUGCUUGUUCCAUUAUUUGUUGUUUUUACCACUGUUAAAUCAAGUGUCAAUUAUGACAAUUUUUAUGUGUUUGGUAAUAACCACACCAUCCUGUGUACAAUCGCUUUAAUAAAUACAAGUUAAGGACUUUGAGGAUAGCACGUAGUAACUGUUCACUUUAACAAAUCAUCAUAGACAUUUUCAUUGUUCGAAGUUCUGCCAAAAAGCAAGCAUGCAGCCGAGGUACAGAUUAUAUUUGGAGACAUGGUUUCAUUUAUUUUAGAAGUCCUACAAUCCCACCCGACAUUUGUCAAAUCCAAAUGAAUCUUGAGAACUUCCAAGACCAGUGCCCUUUUCUCUGAGUACACGCGAUGACUCUGAAGACUCUGGAGGCAGACAGUGGCGGGCAGAGGCUGAAGGAGGGACAGGAGACAAUGCCUGGGUCGCUUGCUGCCUCUGCAGGGGAGGGGCUGCUUCAGCUGUCC